AAAGGACAUUCAUCGAAAGAAUAAUAAUAAAAGAGUGGUGUAACCUAAAAUAAAUUAAAUAUAUGAUGCUCUAGAGUGUAGAAUUGUUAUUCACUUCUAGCUUUGACACCCCAUAUCGAUGUCAAACUUGUAUUUCCCGCCCCAAUCAGGUGAUUUUCUUCUAACCUUUCUGCAUUUAUUAUGGACCAAGUCCUCGUACAUCGCUACAUCUUCCAUCCAUAGUCGUUUCUCAUUUCUUCUUGCGCCUUCUCUUUGGUCAGCAACUUUCUCUUCAUCUACAAUUUUUCUGCUUUGCCAAAUUUGAAGUUGUGGGCGAUUACUGACGAGUAAUCGGAGUAGUGGGUCGGGCUGUUGCAGUAUGAGCGACGGAGAAAAGAAUGAGAACGAGGAGAAUGUGAAGAAAAAGACUGACUUUCGUCGGAAAAAGAAACCCACGACGAAACGGAAACGCCGGAGCCGAAGUCCGUCUAAAAGUGAAGCAGUUGUUGACAUUGAAGAUAUUAUGUUCAGCAUAGACAAUGUUCAGACAAUCAGGGCCUCGCUAUUGGAUUGGUACGACCGUAGCCGCAGGGACCUUCCAUGGAGGAGCUUGGACAAAGGGGAACCUGAAACACGGGCUUACGGUGUGUGGGUUUCAGAAAUAAUGCUGCAGCAGACCAGAGUUCAGACCGUCGUCCAAUUUUACAACCGUUGGAUGCUUAAAUGGCCUACCGUUCAACAUCUCUCUCGUGCUUCUCUUGAGGAGGUGAAUGAAAUGUGGGCAGGCUUGGGGUAUUAUAGACGAGCUCGUUUUCUUUUUGAGGGUGCAAAGAUGAUAGUCAAAGAAGGCGGUAGAUUUCCUAAAACAGUUUCUUCCCUUCGAAAAAUUCCAGGAAUUGGAGAAUACACAGCAGGGGCUAUUGCCUCUAUAGCGUUCGGUGAAGUGGUGCCUGUAGUCGAUGGUAAUGUGAUAAGGGUAAUUGCUCGAUUAAAGGCUAUUUCAGGAAACCCAAAAGACCCGAAGUUGAUCAAGCAAGUUUGGAAGGCAGCUGCUCAAUUAGUUGAUCUUUCCAGGCCUGGGGAUUUCAAUCAGGCACUCAUGGAACUUGGUGCAACUUUAUGCACUCCAACAAACCCAAGCUGCUCAACGUGCCCCGUGUUUGAUCACUGUGAGGCCCUUUCAAUCUCAAAGCGUGAUAGUUCAGUUCUUGUCACAGAUUAUCCCGCUAAGGGGAUAAAGACCAAACAAAGACAUGAUUAUUCUGCUGUAUGUGUGGUUGAGAUAUUGGAAAGUCAGGGUACAUCUGAGUUAGGGCAAUCUAGUAGAUUUCUUCUUGUCAAGAGGCCUGAUGAAGGUUUGCUUGCUGGUCUAUGGGAGUUUCCAUCUGUCUCGUUGGAUGGAGAAGCUGAUUCAAGCACAAGGAGAGAAUCCAUCGAUAGCCUAUUGAGUAAAAACUUUGGACUUGAACCAAAAAAGAAUUUUGAAAUAGUCAAUAGAGAAGAUGUUGGAGAUUUUAUCCAUGUUUUCACGCACAUCCGUCUCAAGAUAUAUGUUGAGCACUUGGUGUUAUGUUUAAAAGGUGAAGGUAGCAAGUUGUUUCGGAAACAGGAGAAGAAAUCUAUAUUAUGGAAAUGUGUAGAGAACAAGGUUAUGUCAACGAUGGGCUUGACGUCCAGUGUGAGGAAGGCCUAUGCCAUGGUCGAGAAAUUUCAGGCAGGGAAGACAUCUUCUAGUUCUAGCCGUGUACUACCCAUAAAAAAACAGAAAUCUUGAACUGCAGGAGCUCUUGACAUUUACACAAGUUUAUUUGAUGCCUUUUCCAUUCAUAGAUUGUUUUUUGGGGGAACAACAACUAUAGAUUCGAGGAUCAAACCUUUGGUCUGUAGAGAGGAAGGUAAGCUCAAUUAUCAUUGAGUUAAGUUCGCUCUAACAGUCAUGUUUUGGCUUUUCCAUGAUAAUGUUAGAAGCACAAAAGUUCAAGAAUGUGUCCAUCUAGAAUCCUUGUAAACCAAAAAUUUGAAUUCUCUGGACUUUGGUUCUAACAAUUUGAUAAAACUAAUAAGCACAGUAUAUCUAGGCUGUCAAAUAGGAUUAGUAAAUUGAGGUAUGUACUGAAGCCAGUGGCUAUGCAAGGGCGCCCAUGGAUUUUCAUAAAUGAAGAACUUGGAAUAUUGUUCAAAUGGAAUGAUAGAAGAAAACUUGGAACUUCAUCCUUUUUUGUUCCAAUGAGCAAAUGAAAGAUUUAGUGAAUUUUCUAAAUUUCUAUUAUUUGAAGCAGUCCGGAGAUUAUCCCCAUGCGAGUGGAAAAAGACAGAAGGAAGAAGGGUAUCAGAAGCAAAUGUCUUUUAUAGUCAUUCAACAGAAAAACCCUACAUGUAUGAGAAAAUUACAAAUUCUCCACUGAACAUGUAAGGAUAUUAAAUUUUAUAUAGUUAUUCAACUUUUAUUUUCUCUAUGGGGUUUGAGAUUAAACCUCCGACCUCUAGGAAAAGGAGUUAUUCAAAUAUCUUUGAGCCAAGUUUACUUUGGUCAUCUUUAAACUUAUUUUCCUUAAAGAUUGCAAUUUACCUUUGUACCAUUAAACCAAAGGAUGUACCGAUGUUCAAUGGAAAAAAAAAAGUUAUUUCCAAUUUGUUUAA